GCUCCAUCCAAUUCCCAUCUCUCCAGGAUGAGAGAGGUUUGGGUUCGGCUUUUCCCCUCUCCCUGUAGUUGAUAGUUUGGGAACCGGAGGUGAUGCUGGAGUCGAGAUGGCAGACAGCGUGAAAACCUUCCUUCAGGACCUCGUCAGGGGAAUUAAGGACUCCAUCUGGGGCAUCUGCACCAUCUCCAAGCUGGAUGCCCGGAUUCAGCAGAAGAGGGAAGAGCAGCGGCGGAGGAGAGCAAACAGCGCUCUGGCCCAGCGGAGGUUUCACAUGGAGGAGAAGAAGCAAGAGAACGAACCCCGGAUCGUGAGCCGGAUCUUUCAGUGCUGUGCCUGGAACGGAGGCGUUUUCUGGCUCAGCCUCUUCUUGUUUUACCGCGUAUUUAUACCCGUCCUCCAGUCGGUGACGGCACAGAUCAUCGGUGACCCCUCCUUGCACGGCGACGUCUGGUCCUGGCUGGAGUUCAUCCUCACCUCCAUCUUCAGCGCCCUCUGGGUCCUCCCCCUCUUCGUCCUCAGCAAGGUCGUCAACGCCAUCUGGUUCCAGGACAUCGCGGAUCUGGCGUUCGAGGUCUCCGGCAGGAAGCCUCACCCCUUCCCCAGCGUCAGCAAAAUCAUCGCCGACAUGUUGUUCAACCUCUUGCUGCAGGCGCUCUUCCUCAUCCAGGGCAUGAUCGUGAGCCUCUUCCCCAUCGACGUCAUCGGCCAGCUCAUCGGCCUCCUCCACAUGUCGCUGCUCUACUCACUCUACUGCUUCGAGUACCGCUGGUUCAACAAAGGAAUCGAGAUGCACCAACGGUUGUCCAACAUUGAGAGGAACUGGCCCUACUACUUUGGCUUCGGCUUGCCGCUGGCUUUCCUCACCGCCAUGCAAUCCUCUUACAUCAUCAGCGGUUGCCUCUUUUCCAUC